CGUCCCAAAUCUCCUUCUCUAGAAAGUGGAAAGUCCAGAAUAGCCCUAGACAUAGAAUGGUUGUGGAGACGUGUCAUGAAGUCGAUGACGUGCUCAGAUUAUGAACAGCUGGCUGAUAGCAGUACAAUGCAACAUACAUAAUAAGCAUUUAGCCAAGCCAAAGGGUUACCCAAGUGAAUUGUGGUUUCAUCGUUCAUCCCUUGGCUGCAAACAAACUGUACAAAAUGGCACACACCAUCCGGACCACAGCGGCGACCCGCUUUGACACUUUUGACGUCCACCAGACAUCUUACAAGCGCAUCGGCAACUCGGAAAUAUCUGUCGGCAUACUGAUACCCAAGGAUAUCACACAAGGCAAACAUGCUCUUCACGUCAAGUUCCACGGAGGUGGCUUGAUAAGCGGCGACGCAUUGCUACAAGACUGGUUUUCCAACUACCUAGUUUCUUUUACACACCGCACAUCAUCCAUCAUAGUGCUGCCCAACUACCGCUUCGUACCAGAAAGCUCAGGUGCUGAUAUCAUCGACGACGUUAAGGACUUUUGGUCGUGGGCCGACCGGGAUCUUGCGGACUAUAUUCGAAGCGUGGCACCUGGCAUUGAUGUCGACUUUGACAGGUUGCUGCUCAGCGGUGACAGUUCUGGAUGUUGGUGCGCAUUGCACUCGGUAUUCGAACUACCUGAGGGUCGCAUCAAGGCCUUACUGUUACUAUACCCCAUGGUGAAAAAAUGGUGCAAGAGCAAGGAAGUGUUAAGGAAGUGGGGCAGACCAGCACCUGACGAAGAGGUGAUUGACACUCAUCUCGCGCAAGUGGCCAAGGGCGAUAUCGUCUCUGGCGACAAGCAGCUUUUGAGAGAAGAGCUUGCAGAUGCUUUCUCCGCGAACGAACAUCGCUGGGAUCUGGCUUUUGGUACAGAUAAGCAUCUGCAUCCCAUCGAGAGGUUGGACGAAAGAAGUACUUUCCCGCCGAGUGUGAUACUGCAUGGCGAUGUCGACACUAGCGUCAAACUGAAAGACUGUGAGGACUUCGUGGAAAGGGUAGGGGAAACGAUGGGGUCGGCUGCGCGAGAGAAUGUACAUCUGAUUGUAAGAGAGGGCAAAGGGCAUGGUUUCGAGAUAGAGAUGGCUGAGAGUGACGAGCCAUGGCUUGCAGAGCAGUUGUCCUGGAUAGAGGGGAUCUGGCUUCACUGAGGAGUUUUCUUCUUAGAAACAAUAGUGCAGUUCCUAUGGUUCUUUUGAGUGUAUCGUAGCACGCAAGGUGACGUGGGGAUAUGACUAUCUUAAUCUUGAUAAAUGUGGAUUUAUAUAGGAGACCCCUAGGUACGCAAUGUGUGCGAGCCGAAACGUCGCCAGCAGAGUCAGAAAGUCAAAUCUACCUACCUACCUAGGUACUAAGUAAUUGCCAGCCUCAUCGGUACAUACCUGGGUUUGUAGUGCGGGGUCGCUUCACUCAAAUCUCGCAAC